UGAAAGUACCUCAUCGAGUGAGCAAGAAACAAAGGGAUCUACUCGUUUGGAUAAACAACGAUACGUUCUGUCAAUUGUGCCUACGCCGUGAAGAUUGAUGUCUUUAAUGUAUUAACGCGACGCAACCAUUUUUUUUUUAAAAAGGUACUUUUUUUUUAAACGUCUUUUUAUCUGACACGGUAAAUUUGAUUGUUAUUUAAAAAGUAAGACUUUUUGUUUUUCUUUAAAUAACAGUAAUUACACCGAUCCACGUUUUUAGAUGUGAGAUGCAAACACACACACACUAUACAAUUGACAAAAGCAAAAAAAAAAAAAAAAUACUGCCGAGUUUUGUGCUACAACGACAUAACUUCAAAAAUUUUCUGUCGUCUGCGUUUGUUAAUUCUCAAGACUUUUUUUGUGUGGGUCUUUUCCGUAAUUGCGAACACCCUUAUACGACGGAGUUUUUUUUCAACGUAUUUUUAUUUAACAAUAUCUGUGAUGAUUUUUUUUUUUAAACGGAUAUCUAGGACGAAAAUUUGAUUUGGGGUCUGUGUUAAGAUGGAUUUAUAGGACAACUUUUUUCAACAUUGUGUUUUUUAUGACGAAUUUUUCAAUACUUUCAAUAUUGUUAUUUAUCUUAUAGUACUUCUUAUUAAUUCUAUUAAAAAAAAAAUAUUUAUUUUAAGAUCUUUAGGGCAACCCCAGAUGUUAAGCCAGCAACACAGAGAUUGUGAAGUUGACAACAUUGUUUUGUCUUGCUCUUUGUCACUUGUCAUAUUAUGGGAGUAACUCUAAUNAUAUAUAUAUAUAUAUAUAUAUAUAUAUAUAUAAAUAUAUAAAUAUAAAUAUAUAUACACACACAUAUAUACACACACAAGAGAUUUAAGUAAUGCUAUUUAGUUUCUUAAGAUGAUCUUUUUAAAACCUGUAAGUCAGUUUUUCCCUCUAAUUGACCACGUCGAAGUGAAGCAGCUGAUGGUGUUAGAAACUUAACACAGGAAUCAACAACGCGUCAUAGAAUGAAGUGAGCUCUCAGAGUAGUUAAGGGUGCGUCAGAGGUCACGCCCCUGUGCCCCAACAAAGAUUAGUUUCCCCUUUUGAUUUAAAAAAAAAAAAUAUAUCUUCAAGCGAAGGUACUGCCUCUAAUAACAGGUCAUAGGUCAUAGUUUUUGUUUCCACAGACAUCGACGGGGGCUCUCUUCCCUUGACAUGGGGCACGUUUCACCAAAGCACCCAUCCACAGGUAGGUCAACCAACCAAAAUCAGUACUAUUUCAACUAGUUUCAUCUUCAUGCACUAAAUGCAGUAAGUUCUAUUCAUUAAUAUAACCGCCCCCCCCCCCCAAAAAAAAAACAAAAAAAAACAAAAACAAACCCAUUUAAAUUGAAACUAAAGUUAAUUACAAUUGAUCAUCUUUGUGUCUACUUCUAUCGAAUAUAUCCAUUUCAUAUUUUGAAUCUACCAAAAUGAACCCAUUGGAUCUCCUCCCUUCAGGCGUGCUGUGGUCAGUAUUUGACCUCACCUUGAAGGUACUCAUCUGUGUGGUCUACGUCACAAGAGCUGCCUUCGAUGACGUCACGCAGCACAAGAGGUUAGCGAGAUUUUAUUUUUUCGUCCGUCAAGUUUUAACAUCAACAUUGAUUACUGGUGCUGUGCCGACCGUCGGUCUUCAACCCCGGGGCCUGCACGCAUUGUCUUAACCCAAAUUACGGAUGAAUCAUGUAGCGCAGGGCCUUAAAGCUACGACCCUCCAAGAGUCUUUUACCCUGGCCGCCCGUACAACUCCCUCCUCAUUUCCCAGAACCAGGCCAACACUUACCAUUGAUGUACCAGUAUGUUUAUGUUUGCUAUAUUGUUCUUCUUUUAAAAUAUGUUUUCUCCUGUUUUUACAAUUCGAUAUAUAUAUAUAUAUAUAUAUAUAUAUAUAUAUAUAUAUACACACACACACAGGUAAUUUAAAUUUUAAUUAAUUUUUCUCUUCUUACAGUGAAGCUACGACGUGUGAUUCCCGUCUAGAUGUCUGCACGAAUCCUUCCAGGGGUCCGAUUAAUUGGUAGGAUGAUUAUGAUGAUUAUUCAAGAAGUCCAUUAUUAUUUAUAUUUAAGUUUUGGAAUUUAAAAAAACCCAAAACAAUUCUCAUAAAAUAUUCGUAUCCUUUUAAUACAUUUAUUUUGAUUAUAUGAGAACAGGUUCAUGCUAAUGUGGGUCAGGCGUAGUUGGGCCAUGUGGGGCGCAGAGGCUGUCCUUGCACUGCUAUCGCUGACC